AUGGAGCGAGGGAGCGACCAGGGCACGCCGGACAGCGAAAUGGGCGACGCGGACAACGACAGCCUGGGCGGCUACGGCACGGAGAUGGAGCUGGACGCCGGCUCCGGCUCGGCCGGGGCGGCCGGGCCGGCGCCGUACCCCACCGACGCCCGCCCCAGCGUCCACGACGGCGUCGACCCCUUCGAGGGCAUGGAAUUCGACGACGAGGAGGACGCCUGGACCUUCUACAACCGCUACGCCCACCGCGUCGGCUUCAGCACCCGGAUCAGCGUCAUGCACCGCUCCCGCCGCGACGGCGCCAUCAUGUCGCGCCAGUUCGUCUGCGCCAAGGAGGGAUUCCGCACCUACCGCGGCAAGAACGACGCCCUCCUCCUCACCGCCAGCCCCGGCGGCACCGAGGACAGCGGCGCCCGGGGCCGCCGCACCCGGGCCGUCACCAGGGUCGGCUGCAAGGCCAUGAUCCGGGUCAAGAAGCAGGACACCGCCAAAUGGCUCAUAACCAAGCUGGAGACCGCCCACAACCACCCACUGGUCCCGCAGGACCAGUCGCACUGCCUGCGCCCGCACAAGCCGCUCUCCGAGUGCGGCAAGCAGCGCGCGGCCUACGGCGGAGUCCGCCGAAACGGCGGCCCACUCCUCGCCAUCGAGCCCCCGCCACCGCCUCACAACACCAUUGCUCCAUCACCUCCCCAGCAGCAGCAGCACAUCGGGGAUGCCGCGCGGGUAGUGCUCGACUACGUCAAGCGCAUGCAGGCGGAGGACCCGGCGUUCUUCUACGCCAUGCAGUUCGUCGACGGCCACCCGGUGGGGAACGUCUUCUGGUCCGACGCCAGGGCAAGGAUGGCGUACAGGGACUUCGGGGACGCCGUUGUCCUGGACGACUUCUGCAAGAGGAGCAAGUACGAGCUCCCCCUCGUCACUUUCACCGGAGUCAACCACCAUUGCCAGCCGAUCCUCUUCGGCUGCGCGGUCAUCAGGGACAGCUCCGAGGCGUCUUUUGUUUGGUUGUUCGAGACGCUCCUCUUGGCGAUGUCUGGUCAGCAGCCUGCCUCUAUCACCACCGAGUACGAUGGCGCCAUUCGAUCGGCUGUCCGCAAGGUUCUUCAUCAGACUAGGCACCGGAUCUGCAGGCGACACAUCUUGAAUGAGGCCCAGUAUAGGCUGUCGCAUUUACUCCCGUCUUUCGAUGAGGAGCUUGCCAAUUGCAUCAACAUGUCUGGGUCAGUUGAAGAGUUUGAAGCGAAUUGGGAGGCAUUGAUUUCUAAAGUUGAUUCUGGAAGCGUUGAGUGGUUUGAUUCGGUGUACAGUUUCCGCCAGCAGUGGGUCCCGGUAUACUUGAGGGACACAUUCUUCGGAGACGAGCCAUCGAAGCUGGAGUGUACAAGCAGGAGCUCGUUUUUUCAGCCUUACAUCGUUGCUAAAACUAACUCGCAGUCAUUCAUCCAGCAGUACGAAAAGGCACUGGACACUUGCUAUGAGAAGGAGAUGAAGGAGGAGUUUGAAACAAAGUAUUCGCUUCCAGAUAUCAAGACAUCAUCUCCUAUCGAGAAGCAAGGAGCAGACUUGUACACAAGGACAAUGUUUUUGAAGUUCCAACAGGAAUUGGUUGAUGCCUCUGCUUCUACUUUGGAAAUGGUAGAGGAGGAUGGUAAGUCUUGCAUGUAUAAGGUGACUGCAUCUCAAGGAAGUGAGAAGCCUCGUAUGGUCCAGUUCGAUUCUUCUGAGAGUUUCGCAAAAUGUAACUGCCAGAUGUUCGAAUAUUUCGGUAUUGUCUGUAGGCAUAUUCUUACUGUCUUUGGUGCGCAAGGUGUAUCCGCACUUCCUUCUCAGUACAUUUUGAGAAGAUGGACCAAACAUGCCAUAGAUAGAAGCUCGAACAAGAAAUUGGAUGAAGAUAGAAGCUCAAACAAGAAAUUGGAUGAAGAUAGAAGCUCGAACAAGAAAUCGGAUGAAGUUAGCCGAGUUAAAGAGCCCAAGGAGGAGCAAAGAAGUACUACUGAAGAUGGCGAGCAAUCUCAGACAUGGCGGUACAAUAAUUUGUGUCGUGAAGCACUUAGGUAUGCUGAAGAAGGAGCAUCAUCUGUAGAUGUAUAUAUUGUAGCAAUGCAUGCUCUUCAAGAGGCUGCUAACAAGGUCAAUCUGGCCAAGAGAGGUAUUGGACAAGUAGCACCAUUGGCAGUGAUGCCACUUGCAUCACAACCGCCAGAAAGUUCUGGAAAAUUCCAGGAUAGCUAUGGUCAGCAAAGGAAGAGAAGAAGGAAUUCAAACAACUCAAGAGAGAACUCUUCACCAAAUCAACUUAUGUAUAUGCAACAACCUGCUAAUUUUCUCUCUGUUGCUCUCAGUACAUCAAGUGCUUCACAAGGGCCUAAUCAGAUAGUUGCUGCCACCCCUAUUUCUUUGUGUACACAAUACGGACAAACAUCAGGUCCAAAUAACUCAACUGAUAGCAAAACAGCGUCUGCUUUGGUAGCUGCUGACAAGUUUCAUGGAUUGUCAAAUAAAGAUGCAUUAACAUCAGCACCUUCUUCAGAAAAUAUCGUGCAAAGAGGAGAAGCAGAAUCUUCAGGGGCUGCUUCACACAUUAAUGAGAGCCAUGAACUGUCCCAGGCUAAUGGAAACAAGGGAAGCAGCACAAAUAUGGCAAAUUCUACUGCCUCACCACAGCUUGUGACAGUUCCAGUUGGAUUCUGCCUGCCUUCCGUAGACAACUCCAAGAUGUCUGCAGCUGGGAUGAAUUCAAACUCCGGUGGUGUAACGAGUAAUGGAAAUGCAUCAUCUGGUCUUCGCCAAUGUCAAUCUUCUGCACAAGUGCCUGCUACACACUCAGAGACAAAAACACCUGCAGACAAUACCGAUUCCCGGGUAGCUUCUGAGGGCUCUUCUAUAAGGGCUGCAGCCAUUGCAGCAGGCGCACGCAUCGCAUCUCCAUCUGAUGCAGCUUCGAUCAUAAAAGCGGCACAGUCGAAAGAUGCUAUCCACAUAAGGCCUGGGGAAAGCCUUCCAAAUCACCUGAAACCGUUAGCCCCCAAACCGCUGUUCCCAGUACCACCAGUCACUGUGCCCAGUUCGGUGUAUGCUUCCACUAGCAACAUGCAUCCUGGACAAGCUGGCUUUGGUGAUUCCCGGGCAGCCAAGGAAGCAAUUUUUGGUUCCUCAGAUGGCAGUGAUGAUGAUGAGUAUGAUGACGAUGAAGACAGUGACGAUGAGGGGCUAUCUGGCGAAGAGGCGGAACAAGAAUAAUCUUUCAGAUCAGCAGUUGGUGAGCUGUCUCUAUACUAACUUCUCCUAAUGCUUCCGACUCCCUGAUCUUUUAACAACAUCCUCACCACUGGCGUCUCAUAGAGCAUAGCUGUAUACGUGUUCAUAGCCUGUAUUAAGGUCCCAACCAUUGCCCCCCAUGAUCCUAGGAGCCUUUUUUCAUCUUUUAUUAAUCUAGGAAUCCUUUUUUUGCUUACCCUAAUCAUAACAAUGAAGCUUCCUCAAGCUUAAAUUUCACUGGCUCUUGCUGGGGUUUGGUCAAACUGUCGGCUGCUGGGCUCCAACAUGUGUAGCUCUAUGUAUGUACAGCAUGAGUAGUAUUUUGCUGGUCUACUUCGGCUGCUCUGGAGUUUUGUAUUCCUAUUUUUCCUCGUCUUGGAAAGGGACCUGUUAGACUUGAGCUCA